AUGGAAGCCCUGCUGUCCGAGUUGCUGGCGGUCGCCAGGCAGAACGGUGAAGAAUGGAUCCGGGAGCGGCUUAGUGGAGGUGCGGCGGCAGUCGGUGUCCCACAGGAGGAGUCGGCGAGGAGCAGGACCAGAGGACGGCCAGCCAGGAGGUCGCGGCCACCGGAGCGCCUGAGUCCGGAGAUCGACGUUGCCAGGUCCAGAAGAGGAAACGCGGGACCUGGGCGGCUAGCAGAUGCGGCGGUGCUGCAGGAUGGCGGGAGAGGUCGUCGAGCAGGAGGUGGGGCCGAGUCGCGGCCUAGCACGGCGCCGGUGACUGACGUCAUUAGCGGACGGCGUCAGGAGGAACCGGGCGCUGGAAGAGGAAGACGGAGGUCGUUGAGGAGCGGGACCGGCGGCGAGGAAGCAGGGUCUGCAACGGGAAGCAGGAGGGAUGUGGAGGCUACGGAAGCCAGGAGGAGUGUCACUGGAGAGCGACAGGAGGUUGUCACGGAUCCACCACUAGAGUUGGAGGCCAGUGGGAACUUCGAAGAGGAUGACCCGUUGGAGGGAACGUCGACGGGGGCAGUUACGGUUGGCCAGGUAGGGGGUAUGUCCACCCUGGUGCAGCUGCUUCAAAUGUUGUCUCCUCAACGGAGUGUAGGAGGGAUGGGACAAGGGGAGGGGAGCCGGGGGGCAGAAGGGGGGGAAAGGGGUGCAUUGACCAUGUCUUCUUCACAGUCUGUAGGUUCAGGGAGGAGGGAGAGGGGCUCAUCGCCCACUGUCAGGACGGGAGUUUCCGGCGGUCGCCGGAGGUCGAGAUCGCCAAUACGGCGACCCCAGAGAGGGGGCAGGUCUGGAACGCCAUCCAGAGCGCGGGAGGAAAGGGAGCGAGACAGGAGCAGGCACGGCAGGGGGCGUUCUCCUGCCAGGCGAGGCGAAGUACGGAGGAGACUGGACAGCAGCAGAGGCCCGGAAAGCGACAGGAGGGAGCAGAGGAGGGAGCAAGGAACGGAGUCGGCACAAAUCCCAAUGGCGGUGCAACAGCCUACAGGUGAGGGUACGGCUGGAGGUGCGCCAGGAGUGUCUGUGGUGGAGAGUGGAGAGAGAGGAGCAGGAAGGCUCGUCCUUCACGGGGAAUUUGAAGUCAGCAAGGGAUUUUCCGGAGGUAUUGAGGGAGAAGUUGGGAAAAGAAGUCAGAUUGGGGAGGAUGGUGGGCCCAUUCAGACUACCUCCCCUCUCGGGUCUGAGGGUGUCUCCUUUGGGGGUGGUCCCGAAGAAAUCCCCGGGUCAAUUUCGGAUGAUACAUCAUUUAUCCUUCCCGCGGGGUAUGUCAGUGAAUGA